AUGGAUAAACAAUUAAGUGCUACAAAUAAAACAGAAGAAAAGUCUGGUGCUCAAGUGACAGAGAUGAACAUUGCAGAAAGUGUGGAAGAAAUGGAUGAAGAUACAGUUUGUGGUAUUGGAAAUUUUCAUCCAGGGUGGAUGCAACGUUGGGCAACUGGCAGAGUAUAUCUUGCCCUUUUUUCAACAAUUGGAGUCAUUCAGGGAAUGUAUUAUACGUACCGCAUAGCAGUUAUGACUACUUUAGAGAAAAGAUUUGCAUUUGAAACGAAAAUUAGUGGUGCUAUCAUGAUGGUAGAUGAAAUAACUCCUUUAUUCUUUGGCUUACUUAUUGGAUAUUUUGGCGGCAAGUACCAUCGACCUCGCAUGGUCACACUAGGAAUGAUGUUUUCUGUAGCCUGCUGCUUCAUCUCUGCCGUCCCAUAUUUUCUUUAUGGUAUAUCGGAGAAAUUUUCUUCGUCAGAUGAGAACAAAGAAAACUCUGAGAUGUGUUUGAAAGAGGCUGUUGAUUUGUGUGAUUCAGCCAGUAAAACGCCGACGAUUCCUGCAGUUCUAAUUUUCAUCCUGGCGAGCUUUUUGAAGGGAUUUGCUAAUUUAGCUUACCAUGCAAUUGGAUUAUCUUACCUGGACGAUAGUGCAAAAAAGAAAAACGCUCCUAUUUAUCUUGCAAUUGCUCACGCAAUGAGACUGUUUGGUCCUGCAUUAGGAUACCUAUUGGCUUCAACGUGUCUGAACUACUAUGAGGAUCCCUCAGUUGAUCCUGGAUUCGGACCAGAUGAUCCAAGGUGGAUAGGAGCGUGGUGGAUAGGAUUCAUUGUGCAAGGUGUUUUACUCUUUAUAUGUUCAUUACCUAUAAUGUUUUUCCCCAGGCGAUUGCCCGGAAAAAGGCAUGCUAAUUUGAAAAAGAACGCGAAAGAAAACGAAGGCUUAAAAGCAAAUUUGCUUGGGUUGCUAGGUGCUGUUAAACGACUAGGAACAAAUAGUUUGUAUGUGCUGAUAGUAAUGAAUGUUACUCUAUCUAUAUACGGAGGCAUUGGACAUUCUUUUACACUUCCGAAGUACAUGGAGCAUCAGUUUCGAAUGUCAGCUUCCGAUGCCAGUUUAUACUCAGGACCUCCAACAAUUGCUGCCGUCAUCUCAUCUUCUGUGCUUGGAGCUAUUUUAAUUUGGAAGUACAGACCAAAGGCGAAGAAUUUGAUUGCUGGAAUGGCUUUGACAGAAUUCCUCUCAGCUGCUUUUUUCCUCCUUUUCAUGAUUCCAUACUGUGGCGAUAUUGAGAUGAAUAGUUACGGCAGAGAUAAUAACGGAUUGAUUUUGACAGAAGAAUGCAAUGCGAAUUGUAAUUGCUCUAAAUCCACUUACAAUCCUGUUUGUGGUCCUGACGGUAAAACAACUUAUUUUUCUCCCUGUUUUGCUGGAUGUACAGUGGAGACAACUUUGCUUUCGAAAAAGGUUUUUACAAAUUGUUCUUGCAUUGCAUUCCAAGAUGGAGAAAACGGUUCGUUUGUGACUCCUGGAUACUGCAAAGAAGAAAGCUGUUGGUCCCAGGCGACAAUUUACGUAGUUAUGUUGCCGGUUCUGCACUCAGCGAUGAACAUUCUUAGAGUGGCAUACACACUGAUAUGCUUACGGGCUAUUGAUCCCGAAGAUAAAAGUGUUGCAUUGGGAACGUUUGAAAUGUUGAUAUGUCUUUUUGGUUUCAUACCUUUCCCUGUCGUAGUUGGAAGUAUUGUGGACACUGCCUGUUUGAUUUGGGAAGAAACGUGUGGCCAAACUGGGAACUGCUGGUUUUACGAUGUGCAUAUGUUUAGAACACUUGUACAUAUUUUAUCAGCCUUUUUCCAAUUCUUGUCUGCUUUGACUUUAGUGGUUCUUUGUUUCAAACAUAGCAAAUUGCGUGAUUUGUAUGAAGAAGAAGAUGACGUUGCAACUGAAAUGCAGCAAUAUUCCCCUAAACUUUUGAAAACGACUAAAGAUAUUGAAACUUGAAGAGACAUUGAAACUCUUGGGAGAAGAACUUUUUAUACCAAGAAUUUGUGUUCAAAAUUAAUAUUUUUAUAGCAUUUACAAUAUUUGAAUUUAGUUUUAAUAUGCGCAAUACAUAUCAUUAUUUCUCAGGUAGCACGCAAAGUUUAAGCGUUUUACAGACGUUUUAAAAUGGUUGUCACAACGUUGAUAGCGCUUAAAAACGUUUAUGACGCGAAGUAUGCCACAUGUAUUCAGUAUAAUAUCGAUGGCCAAAGGCAAAUAUCAAUUUUUUACACAUUCGAUUUAAAAUGUGCCAAUCAGUUUGAAACUUUUCCUUUAUCAUUGUACGUGGUUUAAUGAAAAGAUUUGAAAAAGGAAACUUGAGAAAAGUUUUAAAUGGAAAAUAAGUAUUUGAUUCACAUAGUUGAAUUUCUGUCACUGUCAUGAUUUGAUUUUCCUCAGUUUAAUUGACACUCAUAUAGUCUAACCAUUGAUGAGAUGGAAAGGCACAUAUCCGGGAUAUGAGCGGAAAUGGACGCAUCUAAUAGUUUUCAGGGUUGUCAGCUUUUGCAGAUGCAUGCUAGCCUCUGAAUUAGUCACAGUGAAAUGUAGAGAGCACGCGUAUCAAAUAUCUACUUUCCCCUCUCGUUCAGACAGACUCAUCUUAGCUGACGUUUGGCAAUUCCAUAUCAUCCGGGGUCAGACUGUAUACAAAAAUAUUAAUCUACAACAACGAGAAGUGCUGUUUUUGAUGAGAUAAUUGCUGUUGCAGGUUGCAGGCCUAGGUAAUGUUGUUACAGCGUCCGAAAAACUAAUGUAAAAAUACAAUUUUUUGAACGCUAAAAUAUGACAACAGUACUGAAGCAAUCUUCUGUUUUCCCAAAACCAGAGCUCGCAAGGGAGGCAGUAGAACUCCUUUUCGAGCUUCGGUUGGAAUUAUCAUCUUUGAUCCUCCUUCAAAUAGUUUCUUCAAAAUAGUAUACUAUUUUUAUUGGCUUCCAAAUAGCCUCCACUUAAAUCAAUAAAUCGUGCGUCAUGCUAGCAAGAGCAUGCUUUAGGCAGAUGGACGGAAGUGAAACUAUAUCUUACACUCAAAAACAUUAAUUUUCGCUGAAGAAGAAGAAGAGGGGAAAAAAACCCCCGAGAAAAACUUGUUCUAAAAAAUUCGUAUAACCUAUAGCAAAAAUAAUUUGUUACGGGAGAUCCGACAGAGUCUUGUAGUGGUUAAGAAACUGCCCUCACACUUCCAAAGGUGCAGGAACAAACUUGGCUCCAGUCGGUUGAUUUUUAAAAUGCAGAAAAUCGAUAGCAUCCAUGUCGCAUGAUAAUGCGGCAUGUUAAAGAAGACUCGAGUACAAAAUUAAAUUCCUAGUGCAAUUUUGCCACGGAUACAGACUAGGUGCCUCCAUCUAGUGGAGAAACUGAACGUAUAAAAUUCUCGUGGCAAUGGCCUCCCCCGAUAGUGGUGCUACGUGAAAGAGCGGAUGAUAUGCCGUUGGAUCGCACUAGGUCUGCAAAAGGCAGUGCCUCUACCUCAGCUUCAUUAGAAAGGACUAAAACAGGGUUUUUUUUUCUCUGAGCAAUCACGAAUUGCUUAUUGUUUUUACUGUCACCGGAUCCUUUACAAAACCACUGUCGAGCAGCCCGUGCAGGUGCUGUUGCCCCAGAAAGCAUCGGCUCCGUCAGCAGCACUGUCCGCCGGAAUCCGCUCCUCCCAGGCGGUUGGGACUAUAUCCUACACACCCUUACACACGCCUACAUGCAUACACACACGCACUCGUGAUUGCAAAAAAAAGCGAAAGUCAAAUUCACUAUGUCAUUUUUUCUCUCUUUUUGUUCUCUUUGUUCAUUGAAUAUCAUUGAUUUUUACUUCUGAGGACCUAUCUUUCUGAGACUUUUUUAUUUCUUAUUAAAGUUAUGUGAUUACUAAAAUUAGUACAUAUUUAUUCCCUUUUUUCAGAACAUGAACAAAUGUAGUUUAUAAAAUACUUGACAGAUGAAACAGUUCAUUUUCCUACAUAAUUGUCAUUUUUUCAUGUGUAUCAAUCAUUGUAAAUUUCUGUGCAUAUAAGCAUAUAGAACAAUGUUGAAAAUACCCUUUUCUGUUACUUGCUAUAGCGAGAAAAGGGGGGAAUGUGGUUAUUUGGUCUUUCCCUUUAGUUUUAAGUGACAGAUAUAUGAUUAUAUGCUUCCUUUCGAAAUUAAUACGUUUUUCCGCAUUAAAAAUAAUACAUUGUUCACAUAUUAUGUAUUUUAUCCUUCAACCUUUAGAUAAAAAUAUUGUAGUAAAAUAAAAGCCGUA